AUGGCACAACCACCUGUGCAUCCUCAUUUCGUUUGCAAGUUACAUAAAUCCUUGUACGGGUUAAAGCAAGCCCCACGGGCCUGGAAUGAGAGAUUCACAACUUUCCUUCCUUCUCUAGGGUUCCACACAACAUAUUCUGAUUCUUCUCUAUUUGUGAAGCAUGUUGGUUCUGAGAUUGUGAUCUUACUUCUUUAUGUGGAUGACAUAAUCUUAACUGGGAAUGCUAUAGCUGCUAUACAACAUGUCAUUCAGUCUCUUACUACUGAAUUUGAUAUCAAGGAUUUGGGGACCCUUCAUUAUUUUUUGGGGAUCCAAAUAUCUCGCAUAUCCACUAGGUUGUUUUUGUCCCAAACCAAGUACAUUCAAGACCUGUUGCACAAGACAGAAAUGAGUGAUUGUAAACCUUGUGAUACUCCAUGUUUGCCAUAUAAUCGAUUGUUGAAGAAUGAUGGGGUUCUGUUUUUAGAACCAGGUACAUACAGAAGUAUAGUUGGUGCUCUGCAGUACCUCACUUUUACUCGCCCCGACAUUGCAUUCUCAGUCCAUCAAGUGUCCCAGUUUAUGCAACAACCUAUGGUCUCUCACUACACUGCUGUCAAACGCAUUUUGCGUUAUUUGAAAGGCACAUUGUCUUAUGGUAUUACGUAUGCUGCUGGUGAAGUUGGUUUAAAGGCCUUUAGUGAUGCUGACUGGGCUAGCAAUCCUAAUGACAGAAGAUCUACCACCGGGUUAGUUGUUUUCUUGGGCUCCAAUCCAAUAUCCUGGUCUUCUAAGAAACAACAAACGGUGUCUAGAUCGUCCACUGAAGCAGAAUAUCGCGCCAUGUCAUCCACUACCGCUGAACUUGAUUGGAUUCAACAAAUUCUUACAUUCCUGAAAAUUCAAAUGUCUUGUGCUCCUGUGCUUUUCUGUGAUAACUUGUCUGCAAUUGCUCUUUCAUUUAAUCUGGUUCAACAUCAAAAGACCAAGCAUAUUGAAGUUGAUGUUCAUUUUGUUCGAGAAAGGGUUGCUAAAAAGCAGUUGCUUGUGCAGUUUGUAUCUUUUCGUGAACAGUUUGCAGACAUCCUUACCAAAGGUCUCAGUGCACCACUCUUUCGCACUCACUGUAGCAAUCUCAUGCUUGGUAUUUCUUCCAAUCAUGAGUUUGAGGGGAGAUGA